AUGUCGGCUCCAACAAAACAACUGGGGAACCUAUCUCUUGGUGGCAGGAUGUCAACCACUCGUGGACAAGCAGAGAGACGCGGUGCAGUAGAUGACGAGGAAGAAAAUUCCGCCAGUAGCUCGUCUGGGGAAGAGGAAGUGGAGGAUUCGGCGCCUGGAUCAACCAAGUCCCUCGUCACAGGAAAUUCGGCCAUUUUGUACAACGUUUCCGGGCUUUCAGGAGAAGUAAGAGCUAGGGCACUGUCGGGGAUCUUGGGGAAAUUUGUUGUCGAUAAAUGUCGUUCGUCACAAGACGGAUAUGACUUCCAGGUCCUUGACCAUGGGCUGGUUCACUUGGGGAACGGGCCAAUGACUUGCUCCUGUUCGGAAUAUGGUGAUGGUCCGAAAGCCUGCCGACAUAUAUUUUGGCUCGUCGACCAACUGCAUAGAUUGACCCUUCCAAAAGGGCCAGGCCCCGGAAUCUCCCUAUCACGUACUGGUCAAUCUCCGAAUUUCCCUCCGUUGUACGAGCUUAUCGGCGGUCGUAUGGAAGAUAUCUUGCUAAAAGCUCGCUGGGCGUUAGUUGAUGAUCCAAGCUCCCCUGAAUUUUCAGAACAGGAAUCUGGUACAUCUAUGAGUCGCCCCGAAAAAGUUAGGGAUAUUCUCUCUGCCUUCAGUGAAGCCACGAUGCCUGAUGACUUCCGCCCUGACCAGGUGGAAACUAUCCGCCAGUCGAGAACACCAGAACAGUGUGUUGUCCAGGGUGAUUUUGAAGCAACAAUGUUCCGCCUGGCAGUUCACGACGAUAAUGUCUAUCGCAGCCUUCGCAAAGCAAUGCCCGCACCUGCGCGCUGUGCUAUAUUCUUUGACAAAGUCCAAAAAAAGACUCGUGCCUUGUUGGUUGAUUUUGACCGAUACUGCCAAUAUGGGACUCCCCAGCGAGACGGGACUGCGUUGGAAAUCCGUGUUGUCGUAGAGCGGCUGCACGAGCUUGUCUCUCUGUCGCAAUCAACAUUGCCCCUCGCGCGCCCGAUAGCCAUAGGAAUGCACCAGAUGCCUUGA